UCGAAAGUCACGUGAACAGUUGUUGACAAUUUCAAAAUGAUGAACCACCACCAGCAUGGCUAGGAACGAGGAAAAACAAUACGGGAGGCUGAAUCGGUUGUGGAUUCAAAAAGAGAAAGAGGAGGGCCGUAUCAAAGAUGUUCACAGUAGACCAAAACUUUCAACACUCAACUCCGUUAAUGCUGUGAGAAAGUGGAUGCCAAGCAUCAAGGAUGAAAUAGAAUACUAUUUGCAGCAAUCCCAGCUGUCCCACUAUCCGGAGAGGAAGAUUGCAGAGUUCAAGCUGCACAUUGAGGAGCUGGAGAGGGAGUACAAACGCUUCCUCCAUAAGCUCCGUGCUCUCGACCCAUCCCAUAAACACCACCCCUGGACACCCAGAGCCUACGCCAAGCGCAGACGGGACACCCCUGAUGCUCCUGAUGAAAAAAGAUUGUGCACACUUGACCCUGCAGUCUUGACCAGUCAGACCGACAUUGUCCAGGAGGAGCAGCACUGCAGUGCCAGCGUCCAGCCCCCAUCGGAGCACAGGGCCAAUGUGGACCUGCCCAACCAAGACCAGCCCCUGGCUUUCGACCGAACCAAAUUGUCGGUGGCCGUGGCCGGGUGCCGAGGCCCACUAGUGGGCACGCAGCAGCCCGAGAGCCUGUCUCAGGUGCUGUUCUCUGGCCUGCCGAACCUGCACAGCUCCCCACUGGUGCAGGCUAGAGCAGUUCUGAGGGUCUCAACAGAAGAGACGGAGAAGAAAGAGAAAGAGAAGGCUGCCUCAGUGGCGAAGAGCAUGGACGAUGUGCUGGGACUUGGCUGCUACUCAUCCUCUGAUGAAGAUUCGUAACGGAACUGUCGAGAGGCCCUGUGUCUUUCAGAACGGAGUGCUCCGACGGUGCAAUCUUGGAUUGCGCUUGUGUAAGCGUUUGUUUCUCUUUCAUGUUGGGUAGGAACAAGAAAAAUAAUAUAAUACUGAUGCCAACAUGGAAUGAAAUGCUCACAUGGAUAGGAUCGGAAAGCGCUUGUGUGCUCAUAGAGUCGAGUGAUUAGGAGUUGACAUUUUAAAAGAAAAAAUGUGGAGUGACAUUUCACACCAAGCCAAGUCACACAGUUGCACUCAUAAUGGUUUCAAUGGAAGAAUUGCUUGUUGUGGUCUGAAACAAAAAGAGGGGUUUCACAUUGACAUAACACUUAUGUAUGAAUCAAACGGUCUCUCACCACAGCAGGUAGCAGUCUCUCAUCAGAGCAGACCUCCACUAAGAUCUGCUGAUUCAGUAGGCAUGAAGAAGAAUCCUCCCUCCCUCCCUCCCCCCUCGCUUGUCUCGAAAAUCGUUCGGCUAGUCAGCCAAUCUGAGACAGCAGAGGAGUAGAAGUGUGAUGUGAUGUGAGAUGCGACCACAGUACCUAACCUUCAAAACCCCUCCGUUCCUCUCCUCUGCUGAGGGAUGUAACUUCGGGGAAAUGAUGUGCUCUUUCAGCUGGUGUGCCUGUUCAGCACAAGCGCUGCUUGCUGCAGCAGGAGUGAGUGUGUCUGUGGCUGUGGUGGAGGGGAUGGGUAGGAUGAUGCAAGCUGAGGUCUGAGUCUGACUAGGACACCCCUGGCUACCAGUUGAGGUGGUGGUCUAGGUUUCCUCAGGUGCUUGCUGGAGAAAUGAAACCUGGGUCACUGCAGAGGGAUUUUGUGCUUCACUUGUAGUUCAGUUUUUCCAUUAUUGUCAUUUUGAAGAAAAGAAACUUAAUUUUGUGGGGCAUUUAGACCUGAUUAUGCCAAUACGUGGAUAGAGACUGGGGUGGGGGGGGCUAUAAAGAAUAAACUUUUUAUGAAACUAUA